CACUCAUUCAUUACUCUUCACACAAACCACUGAUUAGUAUUGAAAUCUUGUUAUCAUUUUCCACACAAACUGUUUGUUUUGUUCAUCAAAAUUAUGUUUGUUUUCAUUACUCACUCACUGUUGGGAUGUGUUUGUCGUGAAGAGUCUUCACUCCGAAUAUAACGCUAUGUUUUAGUUUUAAUUUAGUUUUAAUUUAUAUCACAAACACAUCAAUGAAAUCGUCCGACAAAUGCAUGGUUUGAAUGUCUACUCAAUUACUGUCUUCUGAAUGGCAUUCAUAACAAUCCAAAGAAAUCAAUCGUUUGUUGAAUCCAUUCACCAAAACAUGAAGAUUAAGUGUGAUUCAAAUCAACAAAUUAAGUACUCAUUAGUCGUCGACUCCAAUCCACAGACUAUGGAUUCGCACAAAAGUGGUAACGAGUGUUACUUCGCUGUGAGAGGAGCGGCCAUUAUAUUACCGCAUGAGGAGUGUAUUCAUGUGUAUAAGAGUCUGUCGAAGAACUCGUCGACAGUCGACAUCCAGAAGCACUUGCAGUCGAUGUUUGUUUUGCUCAGACCUGAAGACACACUCAAAAUGGCCGUGAAACUGGAGAGCGUUCAUCCAAACCGAACUCGUUAUCUAAUUAUUGUUAGCUCUGUGUUUGAAACUCGUGAGGAGAGCUGUCUGUUGGGCAUCGACUAUAAUAUCGAGGCCUCCAUUGGAUUAGUACUUCCCGUUUGGGCCGACACUCGCAUUACACUCGAUGGCGACGGUGGUUUCAGUAUAACAUCGUAUGAAAGACAUCACAUUUUUAAACCCGUGUCCGUACAGGCGAUGUGGUCCGCACUUCAGACACUCCAUAGAGUGGGUGCGAAAGCGCGAGAAAAUAAUUAUUUUUCUGGCGGAACCUCUCAUUCCUGGACUAACUAUUACGAGAAGAAGAUCUCAUUUGAUCGCUCGGCUUAUAACGAAUGGCACGCUCUCGACGACGACCUUAAUAAGAGGCCCCCCUCUCCAGACCUCCGAACAAAUGUGGGCAAAAUCCUGAACGUGACGCGAGAGAUCGACAACUUCUUCCCGGGAAUGUUUGACUACUACAACAUCCGGGUCUAUGACGACGACUCCACUGAAAUGCUUAAAUAUUGGGACAAAACGUUUAGAUAUAUUCGUAAAGCGAAAGACGAAGGCUCUAAAGUGUUGGUUCACUGCAAGAAAGGUAUCUCUCGGUCGGCAUCAGUGGUGUUGGCGUUUGUGAUGAAGGAGACGGGAUGGAAGUUAGACGAGGCCUUCGAGUUCGUGAAGAACAAACGCAAUUGCAUUCGUCCCAACUCUGGAUUCCUGAGGCAAUUGGAGAUCUAUCAGGGAAUACUCGACGCCAGCAAACAAAGACAUAACAGUCUCUGGCGGUCCAAAUCAGAAACCAAUUUAGUGUCCAAAGAGUGUCUUAAAAGGAAGAGCAACGAAGAGUUGGCGAACACUAAGAAUAGGAUUAAUAAACAAAUGAAUGAUUGCAAUAAAGAAAACUCCAAUUCGGCAAAUGUUCUCCAAAUUCCUGGUUCUGUAGAGCGGCCCAAGUCUUGGUCUCCCGAAGACUCAAUAUUUGGCGAACUCUUCGCUAUUAGUAAAAACUCAAACGUUAGAGAAAUGAAGACAAAGCGCUCGAAUGCGAGACAUCGGUUCGGAACCGAUCCCUCGUGUUAUAACAUAAUGGAAGCCAAGAAAAACAUUGAAUUAAAGUUGUCUGAAGAAUGUCUUAUAGAGACGAAUAAAGUGCACAAUAAGUGUUCAAUAGUGAAGGAUAGGAUCACUGGCUUCGAAACCUUCCCUCAGUCACAGUCCUGUGCAGUGAUCGACACCAAAGGGAACAGUAGUUCCGGUUUAGUCUACAGUUUGACCAAUCAGUUUGAGUCGACGUAUUAUAAGAAUACUAAACACAAAGAAGUGAUGACCGACUUAUCCAAUAUAGAGACUAACCAAAAGUCUGGCCUUCAGUCCAAACCUCCGAUUCCUAAACUCUUUGGCGAGAAAUCCAAUUCAAGACUCGAUUCGCAGGAAAGCUGUGAUAAACUAUCAAAACAUAAAUCAAGAGAACAUAUAUUUGAUAUGAAUAAGUAUUAUAUGAGAGAUCUGUCGACUGAAUUGAGUCCAAUUGAUAGCCGGACUCUCAACGCGUGGCAGACGAAGAGAAAACAGGACACCAUUUCAUCAAACCUGAAGCGAACCAAUUCUUAUGACAGUAUUAUCAAAGAGUUAUCACUUUCGCUGUUUGACAGCCAAUGCCAGCAAAGGUCACAACACGACUCCAAAGGACACAAACGAAGUGUUUCUCUAUUCUCCCAGAAUAACAAGUGGUCAGCACUGCCUCAACCGCUCACCAGUCGGUCGCCUUUUGAGUUGUCCGAUCGGUUGCCGACGACUGGCCACCGAUGGCUGUUCGCCAACAAUGUGAGGAGUGAGCCGAUGGCCAGAGGCAUACCUCACAGCAAAAGUAUGCCUUCGGUUAUAGAAGCGGUGAAUGAAGUGCUUUGCAGUACAAGUGUUGUAAUGAAUAGUUUGAUAGAAAGUAUUCCCAACACAACGAAAGUCAAACCAAACAUUGAAUCUUCAAAUGCGAUGAGAAUUCCGUCCGUCGAGAGCCGAAUGCAAACCAAUUUAAGCCAAUCGUUAAACGAAUCGAUAUUUUCAAAGAACAGGUUUGCGUCUGAAUACGAGUCGAAAGGCUUUUCGUUUGUCAAAAGUAGCGCUCAUAUGAGCCGAUCGUCCAAAACGAAAGUCGGAGUCUUGACGGAGAAGUUCGAGGCGAGAGUGAAGGGCAGCGCCCACUGCGCCGACGGCUGCGAGAGUGAGUGCUCUCACCUCUCGCUCAGUACGCCGUCGUCGCCGAGUAUGAGUCGCAACGAUAGGCCGCGCGCCUCCACUCUCGACGAGUCCACAGCCGAACCAAAAGUAGUCAAACCAUUGCGUAAAACGAGUUUCGAGUUUCCCUUCAAACGAAUCAAAUCUCAGUCUUUCGAAACGCAAACCAAUCAUUUCUUUUCAUCGCAAAUGAGUUCGUGUUUUACAAACAAAUUCGCAAAAACAUCCAAAACGAGGACCGAUUCAGAGCUGACACACAAAACACACACACAAUCGCAUGCAAUACAUAUGGAGUGCAGCGGCACUACAGAAGUGGUCCGCAAGACUGCACCGAAGUUACAACAGGGAAAGAGUCAUCCAUUAACGCGACUAAUGCCUAAAAACGCCUCCAAUGCCAACAAUUCGGGCCCUCUUUUGAAUACUAUGUAA